AUGGGUGGGACCAUUCGGCAAGUUGCUGAAAUUAUUUUGCCCAGAUCUUCUGGCCGACCUCCCCCGUUGCUGCCUUCUUUGGAUAUAAAUGGAAGGGGCUCAACUUCUGAGGUCGCUUCCUCCGAGAAGGUCAGCCGGCCUUCUGGUAAAGCUUCUUCUCGAGCUUCCAAGCCGAGCUCUCACAGCACUAAAUCAGCUCAGCCAUCUAGCCGUGGUGGGUUGAGCUCAAAGUCUACUGAACAAGUGGGACAGGGUGCUGCCCAUUCUACUGAGGAGGUGUCAAGGGGAAAGUUUAAGUCCCCUGCUGAAGACAAGGAGACCUCUGGGACGGGGAUGGAGAUCAUCCUCCUAGGGGAUCAAAGUCCAGAGGUUUCUGGUGAAAGUGCCCCUGCCCCUGUGAGGACUGAACCUGAGGGUUCUGAGGGCAUUCCAGCAAAGAUCGGAGGGAAAGGUGUUGCUGCUGACCCGUCAUUGCCUUCUCCUGGCAAUUCUCUAAAGACGUCGGGUAUUACAUCCGAGUCUCCGGCCAGUGCUGUUGCCGACCUUCUUAGGGAGCAAAUGUUUGGUGGAGCCACAGAGGCCUCGGAUCCACGCCUUCUUGCUCUGACCGGCCUUUUAGCCAGCUUUACCAAGGAGCAAGCAUCCUUCCAGUCUUGCUCUCGUGAGGAGCUCGGAUCGUCCAUUAGAGAGAUGCUUCUAAUGGUGACGGGCCUCUUUAUGGAGGUGGAUGUCCGUGAUCGCUCCCUCCGAGAGUCUGUAGAUCGCCGAAUUGAAGAGGCACGUCUGGAGGAGAAUAUAUCUGCCACCAGUGAUGCGAGGGGCAAUUUGGUAGCUGCUCGGGAGCAGAUCCAGUCCCUCCAGGUGGAAUUGCAUUCUGCGUUGGAGGCCCUCAGAAAGGCUGAAGAGAAAACAGCCGAGACAACAAAGCAUACCUCGUCCUUAGAAGAUGAGUUGUCUCGGACUCGCAAUGUUCUCCAGGAGGCUGAUGAGAGGGCAGCUACCUUGGAGGUUCGCUGUAGAGGAGUGCUAGAGCAGCUGUCCUCUAUGACAGAGGCUCUCAAGGAGAGAGAUGAGGCCGUUAGCCAGAAAGCUGAAGUCCAGCGCCAAUUUGAUGCCUUAAAGGCUGAUCUCGAAGGACUUCAGACUCAUCUGGAGGAAGUAAAGGCUCAGAGAGAGACGGCUUUAGCUUGGGUGCAGGUCCUUGAGCAGGAGUUGAGCACAAGCUCUGACCAUGUUGCCCCUGCCAUUGAGAGCUCUGGUCCAAAGGACACCGAGCUUCCUUCAGGGGUGGCUGUAAAUAGAAAUAGUGAGGGUGUUCUUAUAGAUACUUCAUAUGUUUAUUCAGAAGCUCUAAAUUAA